CACACAUUUAUGUACCUCUUUGUCGUUUCUCCUUCUCGUACGUAAUAGAGAUCGUUCGAAAGUAUAAAAGAUACGAGGUAGACGACGAACGAGGUUGAGUUUUCGCGAGAUUCUCAAUCAUGACGACGCGCUGUGAUUUUCGUUUUCUCAUUGAGAAAUGUGCAUUUCUCUUUCUCGUUAUUAUCGUUUCCACUUACGCGAAGAAAGCAUGCGAUCAAUCGAAUUGUUCUGGACCAUUGAAAUAUUACGAAAGUUUGGGUUGCAAGCCCGUUUAUGCGAACAAAUCUGAUUGUUGUGCUGUUCGAUAUAAUUGCGAUCAUCUUAAAUUAAGAUCUAAGAAUAAGUGUUACGUGAAUGGCAAAGAAUAUUCGAUCAGAGAAAAAUUGAAAGAAGAAGAUAGAAAUGCUUGCGAUGUAGGUUGUUUCUGCGCGGAAGGAAGUGAUGGGAUUGCUUCGUUUAGAUGUGCCAUAGUCGAUUGUCCUCGUAUUAGGUAUCCUUUAAAUUGUUAUUUAAAACAUUCACCAAGUCAAUGUUGUGGCGGACCAAAAGUUUGUCUUGAUGAUAUAAAACAAAGACCGAAGUGCAAUGUAAGCGGUGAAAUUUAUUACGACGGUGAACGUUUCGUAGUAGAUUCUGAUCCUGAUUUAAGGUGUUAUUGUCAACCUGGUUACCAAGGAAAGAACGUCGAACCUUUUUGCAAGAAACCAAAUCGUCCUUAUUGUAGUCAAGAUUUUCGCAAUCCUCGUGUUGUUUAUGAAAAUUGUGCACCGGUUUAUUAUUAUGGUCAAUCACUUCACAAGGAUUGUAAUUUUUCUACGAGAUGUCAAAAUGCCAAUGACACUGUCAUUCGUGAUGUUGGACCAGGCAGGGACGAGUCCUUGAUGUGUAUGUUUGGUAAUUUGAAAAUGCAUGUCGGUGAUAAAUUGAGUCAACCAGUUAAUACUUUCCGUCCUAUGAAAUGUUUGUGCGAAGUACCACCAGUGGUAACAUGUCAAUAUGAAGUAUAAACGAUUCGAGAAAGAUAUAUUUAAUUAUAAUUAAACGAAAAAAAGGAUCCAUUCUCUAUGAUCGCUCGAAAAACUAAAAGAAAUGAAUAAUUGUUACUUGUUAAUUAUGUAUGUGAAAAUGUUUUCGACGUGGUACUUAUGAAAUGAAAAAAAGAAAAGAAACAAUUAAAAAGUAAAAAGAAUGAUGGUUAAAUGUUAAUUUAACAAUAAUGAUUUCUAUUAUAAGUUUUAACAUUUUUGUGAUACGAUUAUAUCAAAGUACGUAAGUACUAUUACGAAUAGAAUAAUUGCUCUACGUUUAA